CAAGGAUCAUUGACACAAUUUUACCCACUCUAAUGUCAAAGUAUUUCAAGUUCAAGUUGAACUAGUAGUAGGAAAUGUGAGAAUGAAAGAAUGUGAACUUUUGAAAUACUUUUACAUUGGAGAACUGAUGAAUGUAAUAUUUCGAAAUGUUACGCUUGUCAUUGAGAUUAGCAGUGGUAGCUGGAGCUGUUGGAGGAGCUGUAGCUACAGUUAAGAACAACAAAUGGGAAGUUUCAACAAUUGGGUUGAUGCGGUUUGGUCGAGCAGCUGUAACUGUGGGGAAGAUAGCUGCUGAUUACAAGAUAUCUCUAAGAGGGGUGUCAAAGUCAUCUUUAGAUUACCAAACUUUAAAAUCAGAGGUUCACACCCGGUCAGCCCAAAAGCUACUGGAUUUGUGUUGUAAAAAUGGUGGUGCAUUCAUCAAAGUUGGGCAACACAUUGGAGCAUUAGACUAUCUACUUCCCCAAGAAUAUGUUUCUACCUUGAAAGUGCUUCAUACCAAUGCACCAAAGUCACCUCUUAGUGAUAUCCUUCAGGUCAUCAAAGAAGACUUACAAGUUGAGCCAUCUAGUGUUUUCAGCAGUUUUGAGGAAGAACCAAUAGGAGCAGCUUCACUUGCUCAGGUUCAUAAAGCAGUGUUGAAGGAUGGCAGAAAGGUUGCCGUUAAAGUUCAGCAUAUACCAGUAAGGGCACAUUCUGUUGUUGAUAUGGCAACAAUGGAGCUGCUAGUGAAAACUGUUAAGUGGAUGUUUCCGGAGUUUUCAUUUAUGUGGGUAGCUGAGGAAACGAAGCGAAACUUGCCUCUUGAAUUGGAUUUUCUUCAUGAAGGAAGAAAUGCAGAACAAGUAAAAAGAAUGUUUUCACAUCUUUCAUGGCUGAAGAUCCCUGCUGUUUAUUGGGAGCUGUCAUCUCCUAGAGUGUUGACUAUGGAGUUUUGUGAUGGAGGUCAAGUGAAUGACAAGAAAUUUUUAGAGAAAAAAGGCAUAUCAUCAAAAGAGGUUUCUUAUCGUCUUGGAGAGUUAUACAGCGAGAUGAUAUUUGUUCAGGGAUACAUUCAUUGUGAUCCUCACCCUGGCAAUAUUCUAGUUGCUCAGUCUCCUCAAGGAGCUGAAAUCAUACUUUUAGAUCAUGGAUUAUAUAGUACUUUGACAGAUAAGUUUCGACUCCAGUACUGUAACUUAUGGCUUGCCCUCUUAAAUGCUGAUACUAAAGGUAUGCAUUAUUGGGGAAAGCAACUUGGGGUAGGAGACUUGUUUGGCCUGCUGGCUUGCAUUGUUACUGCUCGAUCCUGGAAAGCUAUUACUACAGGAAUUGAUCGCCAACGCAAAACUGAAGCAGAGAGUAAUGAAAUCAGAAAUUUUGCUGCAGAGUAUCUACCUCAGAUUGCAGCUGUACUGAAUAAAGUACCGAGAGAAAUGUUGCUGAUUCUGAAGACUAAUGAUCUUCUGCGAGGAAUUGAAGCAUCAUUAGGAACAGCAGGUGCAGCUAGUUCCUUCAUCUCCAUGUCGCAGUGCUGUGUUAGAGCGGUUAGUGCUCACAAUAUGAAGAACUGUGCAGGAUGGUGGUGUCGUUUUAAAGUUCAACUUCAGCGUUCAUGGGCGGAGACUAAAAUCACUCUUUAUCAGGGUUAUCUGUGGGUUAAAAGGUUGUCUUUGCCAAGAUGGGUUAAGAAAUUUUUAUGUAUUUUAUAAUGUUAUGUUUAAAUAUAAUGUAAUAAAAGUAACUGCAGGGCACAAGAAUAAUAGUAUAAUUGAGUAUAAUUGUAAAAAUGAAUUGCACUUAUAGUAAAGUACUGAUUUUACUAACGAACUUCCUAUUGUAUAUUUUAUGUUACAAAUAGAUAUUUCAAUGAAAAUGUAAUGCCUGUUCGUACUCUUUAAGUUUCAAGUUUUUUUAUGUAUUAUGAAUUAAAGAAUCUCAUUGCAGCUUUCAUAAGGAGCACUUUGAAAGUUAAGGUGUGAACUUAUUUUUCAACUGUACUAAUAUAUAUUACCAUUUGAAAGAAAAGGCUUAAUUAAGUCAAUAAGAUAUUUAUUUUUAGAAAUCAGUUAAAUUUCAGUGUUGUUAUAGAAAACACUAAAUGAUUGUUAACCAAAGGUUUACUACACGUUCUUUUGUGCAGAACUGGUACAUUUUUAAAAUGUUUGAACUGUAUGUUUUUUCAAGUUUCUUCAUACAGAUUUUUUUUCUUGAAAGUAAAUAUUCUUAUGAUGUUGACAGUAGUUAAUUAUCAGUAGACAAAGAAAUUAACUGUUAGGAUUUCAUAUAUUUAUACUUAAAAGCAUUGUUUAAUUAGGAAUAUGGCAGUUUUUGCUCAAUGAAUGUUGUAAAUAUUCCUUCAACUACUUAUGUAAAAGUUAAAUCAUCUGAUAUUUUUCAUUAAAAACCUAACAAUAUAAAAUCAUUCUGUGCUGUUAUCACGUGAUGCAAUAUAAUUUGUGGAAAAAUUGCAUGACUAAAAACAAAUUAAUGACAAAGUUUUUAUUUAUUUAACUAAUAUCAA